UUUGUAGAAAAUUUUAGUAACACUGAUGAAGGGAUAGACAGCAUAAGAAGGAGAGCUAGUUCUAAGAAAGUUCUCAUUGUUCUAGAUGAUCUAGACAAGAAAGAACAACUUAAGAAACUAGCUGGGCACCCUAACACUUUCUGUUUUGGGAGUAGGAUUAUCAUCACAACAAGAGACAAGCGAAUUUUGGAUGAAGAGAAGGGAAUAUUAGCUUAUGAAGUGAAGGAAAUGGAUCGGGAUAAAGCGCUAGAACUUUUCAGUUUGCAUGCAUUUAAUGGGGUCUCUCCUCCCAAUGCUUAUCGAAGUCUCUCUCAAGAAGUUGUAUUUAUGACCGGGGGACUCCCAUUGGCUCUUGAAGUUAUAGGUUCCUAUCUUCAUGACCAAACAGAGGAAAUAUGGAAAGAAAUGCUAGAAAUGUUGAAGAAGGUACCUCAUGAUGAAGUUCGGGAUAAGUUGAAGAUAAGUUACGAUGCAUUAGGAGAUGUGGAAAAAGAAGUUUUUCUUGAUAUCGCAUGCUUCUUCAUAUCUGGAAAGAAAUUAUGGGCAGCCUAUUUCUGGGAUGCUUGCCAUCUUUACCCCCAUAAGUCAUUGAAAAAACUUACCGACUUGUGUCUAAUUAAAAUUGUUGAUGGUGAUACUAUAUGGAUGCAUGAUCAAUUGAGAGAUCUUGGAAGAGACAUUGUUAAAAAAGAAUGUGCCCUUAGUAGGUUGUGGAAUGACAAAGAAGCUUUGGAAGUAAUGAGAUCGAAAGAGAGAAAGGACAAAAUUAAAGCACUCAAUUUAGGUCAAUAUAAUUCGGAUCCCAUCGCAUUAUGGAUGAAGAACUUGAGAGGAUGCCAAAUCUAAAAUUUCUCAAGUUAUAUAG